AUGCCCAUUACACUGGGUUACCGGCAUGUUCGCGGGGUGAGUGUGAGCGACGGACAAACCAACCUCAUCUGCUUGCUCCUGGAAUACACAGACUCACGCUAUGAGGAGAAGAAAUAUACCAUGGCGGGAGGGGGAGCUCCCGACUAUGACAGAAGCCAGUGGCUGAAUGAGAAAUUCAAGCUGGGCCUGGACUUUCCCAAUCUGCCCUACUUGAUAGAUGGAGCUCACAAGAUCACCCAGAGCAACGCCGUCCUGCGCUACAUUGCCCGAAACCACAACCUGUGUGGGGAGACAGAAGAGAAGAUUCGUGUGGACAUUUUGGAGAACCAGGCUACAGACAUCCGCAUGCAUUUCAUCAUGCUCUGCUACAACCCUGACUUUGAGAAAAAGAAGCCUGAGUUCUUGGAGACCCUGCCUGAGAAGAUGAAGCUGUACUCACAGUUCCUGGGGAAGCGGCCAUGGUUUGCAGGGGACAAGAUCACCUUUGUGGAUUUCAUCACUUAUGAUGUCCUUGACCAGCACCGUGUAUUUGAACCCAACUGCCUGGAGGCGUUCCCAAACCUGAAGGACUUCAUGUCCCGCUUUGAGAGCCUGAAGAAGAUCUCUGCCUACAUGAAGUCCAACCGCUUCCUCCCAAGACCUAUGUUUUCAAAGAUGGCCACGCGGGACAACAAAUAGGACCCUGUGAUGCCAGGACCCUGAGGAAGUCUCUGUCCUUACCCUCUACCCUGGGUUCCUCACACGGCUGCUCUCUGCACCCAGGCACCAGUCUUCUCAGUCCUUUCUCUCCCUCCUCCUCUGCAAGGCUUCACUGGCUCCCUUUCUUCUACCCAAUCCCUCCCCCAGUAGAACCUCUGCAAGCUUCAUCUCCCAUUCUUCUUCAGCAGUGUCCCCUCCCUGUUCCUCUUCUCUGCCCUAAAUUCAACCAUGCGAUCCUUGGCUCUGAUUUGAGGAGCUGACUGGCCCCCUGCUCCUGAGUGCUGCCUAACAACCCAGUAUUC